AUGGCAUUCCCUGCUUCAGGAUCCUGUUUUACUGGAUUGGUCAGUGGCCAAUGGCAUUCCCUGCUAAAGGAUCCUGUUUACUGGAUUGGUCAGUGGCCAAUGGCAUUACCUGCUAAAGGAUCCUGUUUUAAUGGAUUGGACAGUGGCCAAUGGCAUCAUCUGGUAGAGGAUCCUGUUUACUGGAUUGGUCAGUGGCCGUUGGCAUUCCCUGCUAAAAGAAUCCUGUUUAAUGGAUUGUUCAGUGGCCAAUGGCAUUCCCUGCUAAAAGAUCCUGUUUACUGGAUUGGUUUGGUAGAAGAAGAUAUCGAACUAAACAUGUCUGUAUUCCAUGCUUAUAGCAGUUCCAGAGACUACAUGUUAUUUUCUACAGGAAUACACCAUAAGUGUCUCAACCUCUUACCCAGGCUUUCAGCUCAGAGAGAUAAUGAAAUGGAGUCUCAUAUCUAA